AUGUCGUGGCUGCCGAAGGACUUUUAUCCUCCAGGAUCAGGGAUCGACUCCAAGCUAAUCGAGGAUAUUGUCAUGGGGGACAUUAUCAAGCACGAAAUCCGCCGAAGUGAGCAGGUCGCGGCGAUCUUGACCAAAGUUAUGCUUGUGGCACAGCAGGAGGAUGAUGCCUCAUCCAGUUAUGAAUAUUAUGAUGAGGAAGAGGAAGAAUACGAAGAAGCAGACUAUGACCAAAAUGAGCAAGAUUAUGAGCAGGAGUUUGAAGAGGACUACGACGAUGAUGAGGAAGAUGAAGAGGAAGAAGAAUCCGAGUCCGAAGAGGAAUCUGAGUAUGACACCAAUGAAUGGGCCUCCUUGUUUUUGUUGGUCAACGGCAUGCCAACUGAGAACGAGGAAUCUAAAUCUCUCACCCGGAAACGAAGUUCAACUCACGAUGAAGCUUCAUGUCCUCCGCCACAAGCCCCAGCUGCGAAACGGCAGAGGAUGGAGCCCUCAAUAGCCUCAAGAGUAGUCAGGGCCCAGGACACAGAAACCAAGGAGAUGGACAUGCCCUCAUCCGUCCCUUCAGAAUGGUUGUCAGCUCCUCAACCCAAUUUACGAAACUCACAACUUCCCGCGCCGCUUCGCACCCUUCUCCAAGGCACUCCUAUAAGCGAACUUCACCAGGAGGCACAAGCAUUCCUCCUCGCCCUGGACUAUCAGACGCCUGGUGCCAACGAUAUGGGAAAGGCCGCCAUCGAUAUGGGCAUCAGAUUCUCAAAGACGGCCAGGAAGAACGAAUACAGCAUCGUUCUGAAACACAUGCUCAGCAGUCCUCUGCAGGCUGUCAUGUACAACGCCUGCCACGACGAAGAGGCUCAACAUAUCCUAUUCUGGGAAAAGGUUCAGAGCGUGACAGGCAGAGAUAUUCCGCCAGAGCGGAUAAAGGACCGUCGAGAGAGGUGCGAGAAAAGAAAGGCGGAGUUCUUGGCUAUAUCAAGGGCACGCCAAGCGGAAGAAGAGGCCAAGAAAAAGACUUUUCAGAAUCUCAAGGAGAGGUUCGUCAAGCAAAUUGGCGAGGCGACGAAACUUCCCCUUGAUGAGAAAGUAAGCAAGUGGUUGAGUGAGAUUGUCCCGGUUCAGAGGAAAUAA